AAUUGUGGAAUUAGAACAAUCCGCAAAAGAAAGUGCAGAGAACACGAAAUUAAGAGAUGUCGAAAUCAACGAGCUUAGAUUCAGACAGAAAGACUCAUCUGAUAUAACUAAUAACACUUCAAAUUCUGAUAUAUACCAGGAAAAAGAUAGUCGGUGCCCUGAAUCUCCUAUCCACACAGAACCUAAAUCUCCAGAGGAUAAAAUGCUCGACGAUUUUCUGGAUUCGGUACAUAAAGAAAAGGACCUAUCAUGCGGUAAUACAGAAACCAUUCCCUCAAAAAACGACCAAGCUGGAAAUUUAUGUGAUAUGAAAACCGUUCCUUCGGGGAACGAUCGAUAUGUAAAUUUAUCAUGUUGUACAAAGACUAUUAGUUCGGAAAAUAAUCAAACUGAAAUAUCUGAUGUCGAGUGUGAUAAAAAUGAAAUCGUAGAGCAGGAUAAUGCCAACUCUACCGAGAAUAAAGGUUCAGCUCAACAUCUAUCUUAUUUAUUUAAAACGGCAAUCAAAUCUCGACAGCAGGAAAUCUUAGACUGGUAUUAUUAUUCUCUUGAAUUUGAAAACAAGGUAAGCACUACACCCACUCCUUCUAUCCCAUUAUUCCAUACCUCUAAUUCUUUACCGGAAACUGAGACCAAGGUAGGUAUAUCUACUGAUUUAGAAAAAUUUCCAGAAACUGAGAUAAGUAAGAAAGACGAAUCUUCACCCAAGGAAGAGCCGGAGGCUGGCUCACGCCAAUAA